CAUGCCAGGGGGGGAACGGGAGGAGAUUCAGAAGACGAUAUUCAUCUCCAUUCGGAAAUAUCAUAUCCUGUCUUUAAAUAACCCCAUCCUUACAUGCCCGCUCUCACAUUCCACCCUUCAGAACGGACUGUGCCGUGCGCUGGGUCUUACCAUGGUCUGGGAGCUGCUGCUGCUGCCCCUCCUGAGCUAUUCCAUGGCCAGCGAAGAAUCCCGGCUGAUAAAGGAAUUGUUCUCAAAUUAUGAUAAACACUCCCGUCCGGCGAAGGCCAUCAAUGACGUCAUCGAAGUGCGGCUCAAACUCACCCUGACCAACCUCAUCUCCCUGAAAGAGAAGGAGGAGACCAUGACGACGAGCGUGUGGCUAAAGCUGGAAUGGGAUGACUACCGGCUGACCUGGAAUCAUUCUGAGUAUGGUGAUAUCAAAAUUCUACGAAUACGACAUGACAUGGUAUGGUUACCGGACAUUGGUCUGGAGAACAACAUCGAUGGUCAGUUUGAUGUGGCAUACUAUGCCAAUGUCCUUGUGUACAGCACUGGGUACAUGUACUGGCUGCCGCCAGCCAUCUUCCGGAGCACCUGCACCAUCAAGGUCACCUACUUUCCUUUUGACUGGCAGAACUGCACUCUGGUGUUCAGAUCUCAAACAUACAAUGCAAAUGAGAUUGACCUGCAGCUGGCGUACGCAGAUAGCGGUGAACCUAUGGAGUGGGUUGAUAUCGACCCUGAGGAGUUCACAGAGAAUGGGGAGUGGGCAAUAAAACAUUGCCCGGCCUGGAAAUCUUUUAACUACAGGUAUUCCAAGGAUGACCUAGAAUAUCAAGAGAUUAUUUUUGGUCUUAUUAUUCAGAGGAAACCUCUGUUUUACAUUGUCAACAUCAUCGUGCCCUGUGUCCUCAUUUCCUCACUGGUGGUACUCGUAUACUUUCUGCCGGCCAAAGCCGGUGGCCAGAAGUGUACCCUCUCCAUCUCCGUCCUCCUGGCUCAGACUGUAUUCCUGUUCCUCAUCGCUCAGAAGGUCCCAGAGACCUCACUAAGUGUCCCUCUCAUUGGGAAGUACUUGAUCUUUGUUAUGAUAGUGUCAACGCUCAUCGUUCUCAGCUGCGUCAUCGUUCUCAAUGUGUCUCUGAGGACGCCGAGCACACACAACCUGACGGCCACCAUCAAGCAUAGACUGCUGGAGGUGCUCCCACGCUACCUGCGGAUGAAGGUGGAGCCCUGCGAAGAGGACGAGACCCCCCGGGAGAGGAGGAAGAGCUCCCUAGGCAUCAUGCUGAAGGCUGAGGAGUACGUGCUGAGGAAGCCGCGUAGCGAGCUGAUGUUUGAGAGGCAGCGGGAGCGCCAUGGGAUGAGCAGAGACGCCCGAGGCCACAGAGGUGAAGAAGAGGAGGGAUCCAAAGGCAGGAAGGGGCAGUGGAGGUGGCGGAUAGUGGACGGGUUCGAUGUAGGCGUAACCACCCCACUAUUUAAGAAUUUGUCUCUCUGCGCUCCAGAAAUAAAAGAGUGCGUGGAGGCGUGCAAUUUCAUCACGGCCAGCACGAAGGACCAGAACAAGAGCGGAGCGGAAAUGGAGAACUGGAUCAUGAUUGGGAAGGUGCUUGACGUUCUCUGCUUUUGGAUAGCGCUGCCUCUGUUUGUAGUGGGCACUCUGGCAAUCUUUUUCAUGGGUCACUUCAACAACGUCCCGGAGAGACCCUUCGAGGGAGGAGACCACGAGUUCCCGCCUUGUUCCACCACCUUACGCUAACGGGCAGUGUUAAGCGGAUCAUUAUCUCCCAGUUUCACUGUAAUGACUUCGCAACCUCUGGGGUAUACACUGCAUGGCCAAACUUACGUGGACACCCGAACAUCACAAACGCACACACACGCUUGUUAAACAUCUAAUUCCAAAACCAUAGGCAUUAAUAUGGAGAUGUUCCCUCUCUGCGGCUACAUCAGUCCCCACUCUUCUGGGAAGGCCUUACCCUAAUCGGGUGGUCGGCCUGGUUUACUGUAUAGUGUGUAGGCGUGAGCGUUUGAUUAUCUUAUCCCCCUUGUGGGCAUCAUAUGCAAAUUCAGAGUAACAUAGUAACUAAGGUUGAAAAAAGACAAUUGUCCAUCAAGUUCAACCUAUUUGUGGUCUCCAAUGCGUCUUAUUAUAGGACUAGUUAUAUUAACUAUAAUGCAUGCCUACGCACCAUAACCCUAAAUAUCUUUAUCCAAUAGCAAUUUAUCUAACCCAUUCUUAAAGGUGUUGACUGAGUCCGCAGUUACUACUCUCUCAGGCAGGGAAUUCCAAACACGUAUUGUCCUUACUGUGAAAAAAACCCUUUUCACCUCAAUGUGCGGAAACUCCUCUCCUCUAACCUAAGCGAGUGACCACGCGUCCCCUGUGCUGAUCUUAUAGAAAACAGGUCCCUCCCAAGCUCUGUGUAUAUAUUUGUAGAUGUUGAUCAUGUCCCCCUCUUAGUCUCCUCUUUUCCAAUGUAAACAUGCCUAGCCUUGCAAGCCUUUCCUCGUAUUCCAGUGUCUCCAUGCCCUUGAUUAGUUUGGUCACCCGCCACUGAUCCUUUUCUAGCUCCAGGAUAUCCUUUUUGUAAUAUGGCGCCCAAAUUUGUACACAGUGUGGUGUGGCAGAAAAUCAGUGACUUAUAAAAAAAAAAAUAGAAAAUAUUGUUUAAAUUGUGUGCUGCAGAUAACGGGCACUUCCACUUUUUGAAAAAAUCACGCCAAUUGUUGAUUCAAUAAAAGAAAAAAACAUGUUGGACCAUAAACUCUGGCUCCUAUUUGACGUUCCAAUUCAUCCCAAAGGUGUACAAUGAGGUUGAAGCCAGGGAUCUACGUGGAGGCCAGUCAGGUUCUUCCACACCGAAUAUUAUUUUUUUUUGGACCUCAUUUUGUUCAUACUGCAACAGGACAUGGCUUCCCCCAAAACUUUAACACAAAGGCGGCAGCGCACGAUUAUCUAGAAUGUCACUGCGUGCGGCAGCAUUCAGUUUUCCCUUUCAGUGGCCCGGGCCAAACUAUGACAGUCCCAGCCCAUUAUUCCUCUUGCACCAAAAUUUCACCGCCGGCAGCGUGCAAUCGAGCAGAAGUUUUCUCCAAGCGUCCGGCAAGCCCAGAUUCCUGUUUAAUUCAUCUCCCUGGAAUAUGUGCUCCAGGAUUUCCCGUGGUGGCGUGCUUUACAUCGCUCCUGCAGACGCUGGCGUGACGCCAAGGCUUGUGCGAGACUGCUCGGACAUGGAAACCCAAGUCAUGAAGCUCCCGCAGGACAGUUCUUACUCGGACGUUGUUUAUAGAGGUCAUUAGCAGCUAGGGCAGUGAAUGCUGCAACUGAGGGCUGACUACGUCCAUGGUCCAAGACAAUUCCACUUCACAGUGACAGAACUUGCAAGUGUCCAGGGCAGAAGCUGCAUGAUAGGACUUGUUGGAAAGGUGGCAUCCCAUGGCAGCGCCACAUUGAAAAUCACUGCGUUCAUCCGUACAACCCAUUCUACUGCUACUGUGUGACCGCGGAGACUGCGCGGCUGUGUGCACCUGCUAGCAAGUGGUUGAACCGCCCAAACACUGAUUAGAAGGGGCGUCCAUACUUUUGGCCAAGUGAUGCAAUAUAGAACACCGCUCUGGAACAUGUGUGUGCUACGCAACAACCAUUGUACAUUUACGCCCUGCAGUGAGAUUUAAUAAAUAGAAAAACUGCACAAAAAUA